CACACGCACACACACACACAUACACACACACACACACACACACACACAGACAGAGACGGACACUGGACACUGCACACGGCUGCUGGACCUCACUGCCUGCUUCGUUUCAGGAAUGGGAAACCAUAUUGUUUCUGACCGUAACAACAAGAAGAUGCCACUGGGUGACGAUUGCCAUGCCUGGAAAAAGAAGACCACAGAUGUGAAGGAGAAGUAUGACUUCAAAGACGUCUUGGGAACGGGAGCGUUCUCUGAGGUGGUCCUGGCUGAGGAGAAGAGGACCCAGAAGUUGGUGGCUAUCAAGUGUAUCCCCAAAAAGGCAUUAGAGGGCAAAGAAAACAGCAUUGAGAAUGAGAUAGCAGUCCUGCACAAGAUUAAACACGCCAACAUUGUAUCUCUGGAAGAGAUAUUUGAGAGUAAAUCACACCUCUACCUUGUCAUGCAACUGGUGUCUGGCGGGGAACUCUUCGAUCGCAUCAUAGAGAAGGGCUUCUACACAGAGAAAGACGCCAGUAAGCUCAUUCAGCAGAUUCUGGAUGCUGUCAAAUACCUCCACGACAUGGGCAUCGUGCACCGUGACCUCAAGCCAGAGAAUCUGCUGUACUACAGCAUGGACGAAGACUCCAAAAUCAUGAUCAGUGACUUUGGUCUGUCUAAGAUCGAGGGCUCUGGCAGUGUGAUGUCGACGGCCUGUGGAACACCUGGAUAUGUUGCCCCUGAAGUGUUGGCUCAGAAACCCUACAGUAAAGCAGUGGACUGCUGGUCUAUUGGUGUCAUAGCCUAUAUUCUGUUGUGUGGUUACCCUCCCUUCUAUGAUGAGAAUGAUGCCAAACUGUUUGAACAAAUCCUGAAGGCAGAAUACGAGUUCGAUUCUCCGUACUGGGACGAUAUCUCUGAUUCAGCUAAAGACUUUAUAGUCCACCUGAUGGAGAAAGACCCUAACAUACGUUACACCUGCGAGCAGGCCCUGCAGCACCCCUGGAUUGCUGGGGACACUGCCCUGGACAAGAACAUCCACGAGUCUGUCAGUGCUCAGAUCAAAAAGAAUUUUGCUAAAAGCAAGUGGAAGCAAGCCUUCAACGCCACAGCGGUGGUUCGUCACAUGAGGCGUCUCCAGCUGGGAUCCAGUCAUGAAGGACCCAACCCCACCCUGCCCAGCCCGUGCCGAAGUCAUCUGCUGAUGCCAGAGGAAGAUGCAGAGGCGUGUUCGGAGGGAGGAUGCUCCCAGAACGUCGACGGCGGGGCGGAUCCCCUGUCCAACUGCACCUACCGCUGCCACCCGACCAGCAGGGUGUGAUGCCUGCACCUGCUCCCAUUACCUGUCUGAUCAAUCCCAGUGACUUUCCAAUUUUACCCCCCCACCCCCCACCCCCUCGGUGAAACCAGAGGCACCAUAUCCCCCAUUAUCUGGUUAGGAAUACAGCGUCAUUCCAACCUCUCACCUGCAGGGGGAGCAAGUCUGUCCAGCCUGAGAAGGAAGACAUAAAAUGGGAUGAAAAGGAGGAGGGAGACUUGAUGAAGCACCGGAGCGGAUCAUUUUUACAGACUGGGCUGGUAGUUUGGGUUGAGUUGAAAGGGGGGAGACGAUACAAAGGAGGGGAAGACAACCUCCUCCACCAGCUUGUCAGGUGGAUUGUUUUUGCCGCAGCAGGACAGAGCUUGUUGGACACUCUUUUUAUUCUUGAUUUUUGAUUCAAACUGUCUCUUUGUUUGUUUUAUUGUUUUAUAUAUUUUUGUGUUGUCUUUUUAACCUCCUGCUGUUAAACUUUGGAGUGUAAAUCCAGAAACAAAUAUCCGCAUGAUCAGGAGAGAAUUUUCCCCAUGCAUGUUUUGUUAUCUUUAAAAUAUACCUUGUUGCAGAAAUGCAGCAUCGCAGCACCAUGCAAAUGACGGAGUGUUGUGUGCAAAGUUUGUCAAGGCCGAAAGGCGUAGAGCAUUUUGAUAUGUUGCAGUAUUUGAAAUGAAACUGAGUUAAAUCUCGUAAUUUUACAGAUAUGGAUUCUAUGUCUUUAAGUCGUGCUUAUAGACAAUCAGUGACACAAUAGUUUAUGCAAUGAAAACUCCCAUCUAUUUACUAUGUAGCCUUUUCUGUGGCGAUCUAGUGUUUCAAUGCAGUGGUUAGGCUUUUUGAAAGUAAAAGGCUUCCCCUUUUUUCUACCCCAAACCUCUCCAGCCACUCGAGCACAGGGAUAUAUCUUUGUCUAAGGUGCCUUUAGGAUAUAUAGUGUGGUGGGUUUAUUUUCGGGGUAGCUUCUGAAAUGUUUUGUCUUUUUCUGCAGAGUUGUUGCAGCACAGACUCUUUCUGUAACUUCAUAUUUUGUAUGUAUUACAUUUUCAGCUUUAAAAUGAAGUUUUAUGCGUUUUGUCUCAAAAUGAAGUACUGUAAUCUCUGAAGGGAGACCUGCGCACAUACAGUACCACAUACAACUACUUAGAAACAGUUACAUUAUAAAAUGGGUAAAGCGACAACAAUAUUUUGAAAACUGUUCUGGGGAGCUUCAUCAGGGGCAUAAUUUAUUUAAAGAAAAUGUAUCAAUACAUUUUUUUUUCAGAAAUAUUUUCUAGGAUUUUGCCUUCUCCCUCAAUACAAGAACUGUUUUAUGUAUCUAAAUACAUUUUGUGCAAAAAAGCAAACAAACUUGCAAACCUGAAAAAGCAUCAAUCAGUGUGUUUAGCUCAAGACUAGGCUGGUUUAGCAGGAUUAGGUAGGCUGUGUGAAUGCAAAGAAAAAAGAAAGAAAAAAAAAAUGUUGACCAGAAUUUGAUAUGCAUCCGUCACCAUGUUCUGUACUUGUACCACCAUUACAGCCCUUUUCUUUUUACAUUCUUUUACAGGCCUAUUUCCUCCACAUGCAGCCUGUUUACAAAGAACCUGGAUUAAAGCAUGUGAAUAUGAAUCA